AUGGCCCGGCGCCCGUGCUUCUGCUACUUCGUUGCCCACAACCGCCGGCCUCCCGCGCCCAUCUCCUUGCUCAGACCGCCCCUCGCCGCGGCUGCACCCUGCAGGAGCUCCCGCUGGAACCCACUAUCUUCUGCCAAAGCUCCUCUGCUCCGCCCGUCCUUUGUCCCGCCUCCACCAGCGGACCGCCCCGACCUCGUCGUCAUCCAUGUGACCAAGACCAGGCCGCACCCCGCCUUCCACUGCCUCGCCAGUGACCUCCUCCGUACUGGAUCCAGCCUCAACGACCCAUCCCCGACCUCCAUGUUCGACUCCUCGCCGGAUCCAGAGGUCCUCGUCGUGCCCCUGCCUCGCUGCGUUCUGCACCGGAGUUCCCCUACCGACGCCUUUGUUCAGUCACCUCGCAAAGGGAGCGACCAGCAGCACAAGCCGCAUGGAGCCACAACCAAAACCUGCCUUGUUGACCAAGGCCCUAGUCAAGCCGUCAAGACCGGCAAGACCGACUACAUGAAACUUCCAAGUACCUCUACACACAAAUGCGUCGAGACCGCCCCGGAUAUCGACAAGUACACCACCAGCAAGACCACAUAG